AUGGCGCCCCAAAAGGCGACUCAAAACAAAGACGGUGUCUCUACGGCCUCGGUCGAUGACCGUGUUGUAAAGGAUCAAACCGACUACGGGCGGGUUGACAAAGAGCUCGCCAAGUACAUCUCCGACGCCAGGAUUACAAUAACUCCAGAGAAGAACCAUGAGCUGCGGCGCAAAAUAGAUCGGCGCAUCCUGGCCGUCAUGAUAUCGACGUACUUCCUGCAAGCCAUUGACAAGGGCACCAUGUCAUUUGCCUCCAUCAUGGGCAUCCGAGACGAUACGCACCUGAGCAAACAAGAUUACAACUGGUUAACCACCUGCGUCUUCCUCACGAUCCUAAUCGUCGAAUACCCCCAAAACUACAUCAUUGCCCGGGUGCCCAUCGCCAAAUACCUGGGUUUCAACAUCAUGGCCUGGGGCACGGUGCUGGCGUCCACGGCCGCUUGCAGCAACUUUGCUGGCCUCGUCGCUGUGCGUACAUUGCUCGGCCUCUUCGAGUCCGUCUGCCAGCCAACAUUCGUUGUGCUCUCUGCCAUGUGGUAUAGGCGAGAGGAGCAAGCAUCUCGAGUGACCUACUGGUACAUGAUGAACGGGGCGCAGCAAAUCGUCGGCGGCCUGCUAGCAUACUGCUUCAGCCUCAUCAAGACCGGUCCUCUCAAGUCCUGGCAGUGGCUGUUCCUCGUCUACGGGGUCGUCUCUGUCCUCUUUGGCGUCUUCGUCAUGUGGUGGAUGCCCGAUUCGCCCAUGCGAGCCAAGUGCUUCACCGAGAAGGAGAAACACCUCAUGGUCGAGAGAGUCCGCGACAACCAGACCGGCAUGCAGAACCGACAGUGGAAGAGGGAGCAGUUCAUGGAGGGCCUGACGGAUCCUCAAGUUUGGGGGUAUUGUCUGAUUCAACUUUGCACAACGCUGCCGACUUCUGGUCUCGGCGCGUUUCAGGGCAUCGUGAUUCAGAGUAUGGGAUUCUCUGUUUUGGAGACGCAGCUGCUGGCCAUGGUGUUGGGCUUUUACAUCAUCAUUGUGCUGCUGGGCUCGUCGUGGCUGGUGAAGAAGACGAAUCAGAACCUAUACGUGAUGGGAGCGUUUGUUAUUCCAUCGUUUAUUGGAACCAUCUGCCUCAUGACUGUUCCCUUGGACACGAAAAGUCAGAAGAUUGGACUUGUUGUUUGUUACAACAUCACCAUGUCCUUCUGGGCCGCUCAAACUUUGGCCCUGUCCAUGUUAUCGCGAAAUAUUGCGGGACAGACAAAGAAGACUGUUGCGGUUGCCUUGAACUUCAUUAUCUGGGCUACGGGAAACGCAAUAGGGCCUCAAGUAUUUUUAUGGUGGAACGCGCCUCGAUACUUUAUCGCUUUUGCUACUCACCUUGGCUGCUAUAGUCUGUUGGUCAUUGUGAUUAUCGCUCUGCGAGUUUACCUUGUGCGCCAGAACCAUGAACGGGAUCAGUUGGCAGCGGCUGGCGUGCAGGAGGCUCGCGACGGGCGAAUGUUGCAUGCGUGGGAGGAUCUGACGGAUAAAGAGAAUCCUAAUUUUCGUUAUGUAUUUUAG